CGUUUUUUCCUUCUGUCUUCGUAUGCGUGCGUGUGUGCGAUUUCGCAUUAAAAUUCCACAUUUUAACCCCCUUGUGGUUAUCAGUUUAAAGCACAAAUUUCCUGUUUUUCUGCGGGCUUGGUGCGUAAUUUGUGUGCGUGAUUUGUGUGUAAUUUUUGUGUGUAUGUGUCUGUGUGUGGGUUUUAACUGUGCGUGUGUGGGUUUUCAUUAUCUCUCAAAUCCCACGUUAACUUCAAAUACGGUGCUUUCCUAGUUAGAAAACAACACAACCAACAGUGCACUCUAGAACAAGUGUAAAGAAUAUUAGAUUCAGUCAUAAGGAGAAGUCACGUGCGUUGCCCAAGUGUGUACACAUAUUGCCAUAGCUCAAGAGGAUAACGGAAGAGAAAGCAAAGACAGCCCAGAUUGAAAGAUAAGGAGAGAGAGAGAGACAGACAUCCCGGUUUUCUGUAUUUAGAAGGAGGGUAGAGAGAUAAUGACUAACAAAUCACGGUCGUUUAACAAAACACAUCAUGGGGGUGACUUAUCCAGGAGUCCGCCUUCUAAGAAUCUUGCGCAUGUUCCGUGUAAGUUCUUCAAACAGGGAGCAUGUCAGGCUGGUGAUUCCUGUCCCUUUUCUCACCAGCUGGAUUCAUCUGCUGAUAGCGCACCGUGCAAGUACUUCCAAAAGGGUAAUUGUAAGUUUGGUGUGAAGUGUGCCUUGGCUCAUAUUCUCCCCGAUGGGAGACGUGUUAACCCCAAAUCUUUGGCACAGGUUUAUCAAAACCACAACGUUUCCAACGCCAAUGGCUCCCAAGUCAACGGACAGGGCAGUGGGAGUGGUACACGUCGCCACACACAGGCGGUGUCCACUGGAAGAAACCGUAACGUUAACGGUUAUGCCAACAGCCAAGGUGCAAACCCCUCCAGCGGUCUAACACCACCAACCGCUUCUAACGCUGCGUAUUCCUCCAUGAUAAAGACGUCACCUUUACCUACUUUUGGAUCACAUUCUACUACGGGCUCUUUCUCAUCGGAUAAGAAUGUUGCAGCAUCUGGGUUCCCACAGCAGGAGUUGUCGUACUCAUUACGUGCGCUAUCUACUGCUUCAGAGAACACGCUCGUAACGAAUCCGUCCUUUGGUACGGGAUCGAUAUGGAGCCAUAGUAUUACUACACAGGUUGCUACCAAUGGCUCGCUCCCAGUGAACCCUCCAUACAGAUCCAUGUCAUAUUCGGGACCUGGAACUGGCGGCUAUGUGAACCAAUAUGGAACCUCAACGUCUUUCCAUUCGUUCCUUGCACAGCACGAGUCUGCCAUUGCAGAUGACGAGGAGUACGACGAUAGAAACAGCUCUGAUGGCGGUGAUAUGUUUGAAGAGGAUUUUGUCCCUUCUAGUCUUUCAGACCUAUUGACACCACAGGAGAGGCAGAGACGUGGUUCCAGAAACUCUGGAAGCGCUGCCAACAGACCGGUACUUACGCUUAGAAGUAGUGAAGAUGAAGUUACACAGUUUAAGAUGGAUGAGGACCACGAGUUCUUCAUUGGAAGGGAUUUGAACUUACAUGCUUGAUCUGCUUCACAAGUUCAAGAUAAAACGAGUCGAAAAGAACAAAAAAAAAUGACAAGAGUAAGAAUACAAUACAGUUGAUAUGGAAUUAAACACAGUCUUCAUAUGCGUUGGUUUUAACAAGUUCUUUUUUCCUUUGAGGGAAAGAACAAAAGUUGGUUUGGAAUAAUUAUGGUUAUAAGUUACAAGUUUUACACCCUCAGCAUGUAGAAGUAACCUGUUUUCGAUUCAGAGAGAAUAAAUAAGACGUUUGUAUGUGAAUAAAUAAGGGAGUUGGUCAACAAAAUAAAUAACAAAGAGAAAUUCACUCAUGGUUUGUAUUCUCUUUCAAAAGCCGGAGUGGUUCUUCUCUUUUCGAAUCUAAACCAUUU